CGGAUAAAAUAACCCAUGGCUUCUUUUUCCCUCGUUUCCACGUUUUCACUCUUUUUCGCUACCGCUAUAGUCCACCAUUCCCUCGCCGGUUUCUUAGCUCAACCGGUACCCAUAGCCGACACAUCCCCAAACACGGUCCCCGCACUCCCUGCUCAAACCCAAGCUCAAAUUUGCCGGCUUGACUUGUCGGCCGAGCUAUUCGGCGGUGUCAACGACGCCUGUGGCCACAACCUAGAUAGGAGCCGCUGCUGUCCCGUCUUAGCAGCGUGGCUCUUUGCUGCUCACGCCAGGUAUGCUUUGCAGGUCUCGGCUCCUGCUACAGAAGAAUCUGAGCUGCCGGACCAGCCCAUGAGGCCGGACGAUUCGCAAAAGUGUGUGAACUCGUUACAAAGCGCAUUGUUAAGCAAGCGCGUGAGGAUUCCUCAACCGAACGCCAGUUGUGAUGCGAUUCUGUGUUUUUGUGGGAUAAGGCUACACCAGAUUAGUUCCUUGAGUUGCCCGGCUGCGUUUAACAUUUCCGGUCACCGGAACGCGACGCCCACUGCUGCCGUUAAGAAUUUGGAGAGGAAUUGCAGGAACUCUUCGUAUGCUGGGUGUACAAAAUGCCUCGGCGCUCUUCAAAAGCUCAAAGGUGGACACAACAAGAACGGAACGCAAGACAGGAGCACGACCGAGAGAGCGAACAAGAUGUUCAACCGAGACUGCCAGCUGAUGGGGCUCACUUGGCUCCUCGCGCGCAACAAAACGGCGUACAUACCCACCGUUUCGGCCGUACUGAGGGCCAUAAUGUACAGCUCGCACCCUCAUGAGGCCAAGUGCAGCCCGGAUCAAGAGAACAUGCCCUUAGCCGUUGAUUCUCUUCAGUUCGAGAAAGUUCAAUCGUCGGCACCAAUGUCACCACCGUCGUGGGAAUCUUCUGCGUUCCUGAUUCUGCCCCCUAUGAUAUUGGUUUUAGUAUUCGGGUAGCCUCGACUGGUGAUGUUUAGUAUUAUUUUUUCUGGGUAGUCGUCUGAGACUGUCGUGGAAUCACGUGAAGCUUUCUAAGCUAGCAGACAAACA